AUGACGGACAAGCUGCCCCCUCCGCUGCUGGCGCUGUUCCAGCCUCGCCCGCCUCUUCGUUAUGUCACCCCGAUCGAACGGGCCCCCGAAGACUGCAAGAAGAGUUCCAUCGGUGGAAUCGCGCAGUUCCUGCCUGAGCUGAAGCAGUACGCAGAGGAGGUCCCAUACAAUGCCACUGAGAGCUGGAUUCAGCGCAAGUUGCGCCAGAAGGUGGAGAAGAAGGAGAAUAUGGAAAAGCAGAUUAUAGAAGGACUUAAAGAAUAUGAUCCGUCAACUGACCAACAGGCUCGCGGCGACCCGUUCAAGACCCUCUUUGUUGCCAGACUUAGCUAUGAUGUCAAGGAGUCGGACUUGGAGCGGGAGUUUGGCCGCUUUGGCCCUAUUGAGCGAAUUCGUAUCGUCAAGGACGCUGUCACGCCCAAGGGCUCGAAGAAGGCUCACAGAGGUUAUGCUUUCAUCGUGUAUGAGCGCGAAAAGGACAUGAAAGCGGCCUACAAGGAGACGGAUGGCAUCCGCAUCAAAGACCGCCGGGUUUUGGUAGAUGUAGAGCGUGGUCGGACUGUCAAGGGCUGGAAGCCCCGCCGUUUCGGUGGCGGCCUUGGAGGCCGCGGUUACACCAAGGCUCUGCCCUCCCGGCCCAUUGGACCUGGAUCUUUCAACGCUCCUUCAGGUCCUGGUGGCUUCGGUGGUGGUUUCCGAGGUGGCUUUGGUGGCAGAGGUGGUAGGGGAGGCUUCCGCAACGAUCGUGGUUUCGGACCUCGCGGCGGUGUUGGGUACCAGGGAGGCCGCAACGGCUUUGGUGGACAGGCUCCUCCCAAUGCUCCUUCAGGUCCCGGAGGUGGACGCAGUGGUGGCUUUGGUGGUCCCGGUGGUCCCGGUGGUCCCACUGGCCCCGGUGGUGGUGGCGGCGGCGGCAGGUUUGGACGUGAGGACCGAGGAGGUACUGGUAGCAACCGGGAGCCCAUCAGACCUCGGGACGGCUUUGGUGAUCGCGAUCGCCGAGAUCGGGAUCGCGACCGCGAGGGUGGUGACCGCUACAGAGAGCGUGACAGGGACAGCCAUCGCUAUCGGGAGCGUGACCGUGACCGUGAUCGCGAGCGUGAUAGGUAUGGAGGUCGUGGGGACGACUACGGACGCAAGAGAUACCACGAGGACGACUCCUACGAUGACCCCCGCGCCAAGAGAAGGUACUAA